UUUGUCAGCCAUUUCCUACACUGAUCCAUUGCCAGCGUCUCUGCACAGCCCAGGACGCCCCGUUUGGCCUCAGCUUCAUCUGCCCGGGAUUGGUAAACAUCAGCGGACCCUGCACGCACGGUAUCCGGGUGGAUGAGAGACAGUCAAGCGGGUCGCUCGGCACCCACUAGACCCACUCCGCAAGGCGCUUGGCCCCGCUGGACAGACCGCGGUUCAAGUCACAGACAGCCAUGGCUUUGAAGAUUGUCAAAGGGAGCAUCGAUCGGAUGUUCGAUAAAAAUCUUCAGGAUUUAGUACGUGGCAUUAGGAAUCACAAGGAAGAUGAGGCCAAGUACAUCUCCACAUGCAUCGACGAGAUCAAACAAGAGCUCAAGCAGGACAACAUCGCCGUCAAAGCCAAUGCCGUGUGCAAGCUCACCUACCUUCAGAUGCUGGGCUACGACGUUAGCUGGGCAGCUUUCAACAUCGUUGAAGUCAUGAGUUCCUCCAAGUUCACCUAUAAGAGGAUCGGCUACCUGGCUGCCUCUCAGUGCUUUCAUGAGAGCACUGAUGUAAUCAUGCUGACGACCAAUCAGAUCCGAAAGGAUCUCAGCAGUCCUAACCAGUAUGACACAGGUGUUGCCCUCACUGGCCUGUCCUGUUUUGUGACCCCUGACCUGGCACGAGACCUGGCCAAUGACAUCAUGACACUGAUGUCCCACACUAAGCCCUACAUCAGGAAGAAAGCAGUAUUGAUCAUGUACAAGGUGUUUCUGAAGUACCCCGAGUCCCUGCGCCCGGCUUUCCCCAGGCUCAAGGAGAAACUGGAGGACCCAGACCCAGGUGUCCAGUCAGCAGCAGUAAAUGUUAUCUGUGAACUGGCCCGAAGGAAUCCCAAAAACUACCUGUCCUUGGCCCCACUCUUCUUCAAACUCAUGACCUCCUCUACUAAUAACUGGGUCCUCAUUAAGAUCAUCAAGCUGUUUGGUGCACUCACGCCGCUGGAGCCACGCCUGGGGAAGAAGCUGAUUGAACCACUGACAAACCUAAUCCACAGUACCUCUGCCAUGUCCCUGCUGUAUGAAUGUGUCAACACUGUGAUUGCAGUGCUGAUUUCCUUGUCAUCCGGGAUGCCUAACCACAGUGCUAGUAUCCAGCUCUGUGUGCAGAAACUGCGAAUCCUGAUAGAAGACUCGGACCAGAACUGUGAGCCCUCUGUCAAUGCCUGCAUGAAGUACCUGGGCCUUUUGGCCAUGUCCAAGAUCCUGAAGACCCACCCCAAGUCCGUACAGUCCCAUAAAGACCUCAUCCUUCAGUGUUUGGAUGACAAGGACGAGUCCAUCCGUCUGAGAGCUCUGGACCUGCUUUAUGGCAUGGUAUCUAAAAAGAACUUAAUGGAGAUUGUAAAGAAGUUGAUGCUGCAUGUUGACAAAGCAGAAGGAACCACCUACAGAGAUGAACUACUUACCAAGAUCAUCGACAUCUGCAGCCAGAGCAACUACCAGUACAUCACCAACUUUGAAUGGUACAUCAGUAUUUUGGUUGAGCUGACCCGAUUAGAGGGCACACGGCACGGCCACCUCAUCGCCUCUCAGAUGUUAGAUGUAGCUAUCAGAGUCAAAGCCAUCCGGGCCUUCGCAGUCGCCCAGAUGGCUACUCUACUGGACAACGCCCACCUGUUGACAGGCAACAUGCAACGAAACGGCAUCUGUGAAGUGUUGUACGCUGCAGCGUGGAUCUGCGGCGAGUUCUCAGAACACCUGGAAAACCCAAUGCAGACUCUGGAAGCCAUGUUGCGGCCUAAGGUGGCCACUCUACCUGGCCACAUACAGGCAGUGUAUGUGCAGAAUGCAGCCAAGCUGUUCGCCACUGUGCUGAAGAGCCAGGAAGGAAACACAGACAGCACAGCCGCACAGGAAACCAGUCAGCUAAUGAUUGACAGGCUGCCGCUCUUUGUCCAGAGCGCCAACCUGGAGGUGCAGGAGAGGGCUUCCUGCAUCCUACAACUUGUCAAGUACAUUCAAAAAUUGCAGCAGAAGGAUGUAGAAAUAGCAGAGGAGGUCAACGCACUGUUUGCUGGAGAACUCAAUCCUGUCGCCCCUAAGGCACAGAAGAAAGUGCCUGUUCCUGAAGGUCUGGACUUGGACGCGUGGAUCAAUGAGCCUCCAUCUGAGAGCGAGUCUGAGGAUGAGCAGCCCAAGGCUAUUUUUGCCAAGGAGGAGCCCAAACACUCCCGCCCCCGCCACACAGAGGUGGACGAGAAGGAGCUGGCAAGGAGGAGGGAAGCCAGAAAGCAGGAGCAAGCCAACAAUCCAUUCUACAUCAAGGCCUCUCCGUCCUCUCAAAAGGUGUACCAGGACACCCCUGGAGUGGAGCAUAUUCCAGUCGUACAGAUUGACCUCAGUGUGCCUCUCAAAGUCCCAGGCCUGCCUAUGUCUGACCAGUACGUUAAGCUGGAGGAGGAGCGUCGGCAGAAGGAGAGAGCAGAAAAGAAGAAGAAGGAGAAGAAGAAGAGGAAAGAAAAGCGCAGUGGACGAGGAAAGAAACACGAUUCGGGCCCGGAGAGCGAGGAGGACAUCACACCUGCACACCAGGUCGACAUUGUUACCGAGGAGAUGCCAGAGAAUGCCUUACCCAGUGAUGAUGACGACAAAGACCCCAAUGACCCUCAUAAAGCCCUGGACAUCGACCUGGACAACUUGGUGGAAGCGGCAGGGCGCAGGCCUCUUGCAGAUAGUGAAAAGCUACCGGUUAGAUCACACCGUGAGACCCCAAAAAGUCCAGCAGAAGACGGGGACACAGAAAACGCUGCUUUACAGGAGCCCAAGAAGAAAAGCACCAAAGAAAAGAGGGAGAAGAAGAAGGAUAAAGACAGGGAUAGAAAGAAGAGUAAAGAAGAGAAAAAGAAGAAAAAACACAAACACGAAGAGAAGGAGGAGGAUCUCCUCGGGGGUCAGGCAGAUGCUCCUGUUGUCCAAUCAGAAGAAACCAGUGAGGUGGUGGCACCGCCCACUUCCACCAAUCCUGAGGUUUCGGAUCUGGAUUUCUGGCUCUCAAACGCUCCAGUGCCCUCUAACACCCAGGAAGCAACAACAGUAGCAGAAGCAGAGGCAGCCCCCCCUCCUGAGGCCGCCUCUGGCACAGCCCCAGACUCCGAGCCCGACCAGCCCCAAGACGCAGAUACGGAGGAGGCUAAAUCUUCCAAACACAAGAAGAAGAAGCAGAAAAAGGAGAAGGAAGAGAAGGAAAAGAAAAAGAAGAAGAAGCAUCACCACCAUCAUCACCACAGUGACGGAGGAGGAGAGGAGUCUGUGCAGAAUGGAACUGUGGAGGAGGAAGAGCCUCUGCCGCCCAUGUCCAAUUACUGCCUGCUGGCUGAGAACUCCUACAUCAAGAUGGUGUACGACAUCCAGGGAAAUCUUCAGGAUGGCAGCCAGGUGGUCGUGUCUGUAAUAUUUGAAAACAAAGGUGACAGUUUUCUGAAAUCAAUGGAAUUCAACGUGCUGGACUCUCUCAACUCCAAGCUGCAGAGGCCGGAUGGGUCGGGUCCACAUGACGGCCUCACUGUCCCCUUCCAACUUCCCCCUGGGGUGUCUAAUGAGGCACGAUUCGUCUUCACCGUGCAGAGCAUCAUUAUGCCACAGAAACUGAAGGGAACCCUCACAUUCAUUGUCAAGAAUGAGGAUUCCUCUACUCAUGAGAAACUGGACUUCAAACUGCACUUUACCUGCACCUCCUACCUAAUCACUACUCCUUGCUACAGUGAUGCGUUUGCAAAGCUGUUGGAGUCUGGGGACCUGAAGGGUAGCUCUGUCCGACUGGAGGGAGUCAACAUGCCCUUCCAUCAUCUACUUGCCAGGAUCUGCUUCCAUCACCACUUCUCUGUUGUGGAAAGGAUCGACUCCUGUGCCUCCAUGUACAGCAGGUCUAUCCAGGGUCACCACGUCUGUCUGCUGGUCAAAACUUCUGGUCAGACAGUGUCUAUUGACGCUAAAUGUGACGAGCCGACGCUGCUUGGGAAUGUGCUGGAUGAGAUCAAGCAGACCUUCUCUCAGUGCUGAUUGUGUCUGACAGCCCCAGGGUGCCCCCCCUGACCCCUCCAUGGCACCACCUUCCCUCGCUGAAACACAACAUAAUCAUGUUACGAAACACUGCGGCUGGCACUUCCAGUAUAGCCCUAUUUAUUAGUCCUCAGAUUUGCAAGAUUUCUUUGCCCCCUGUCUUCUCCUUCGGUGUCCACACCCUGUUAUUCCUCUGGACACUGAACUCAGUGGUCAUUCUCUUACACUUGAUGUUGUUUUACAGACUCACUGUGCACACGCUCCGUCUUUGCAAUGCACUUUGAUUUUUGAUUUUCUAGUUUUUCAAACUGUUCCCUGCCCAGCAUCCACUCUGUUUCACCCCAACUCUGACUCUGUACUGAACUCCUGACUCCUGUUUCUGGAUGCACAGCAUCUCCUGCUCUUUUCCUGUGUACUCUACUUCCUUCCAAUUCAGUCUGUGACUGUUAUGUAAUGUAACGUUGACAACUUGACAUAUGCUGUUGAUGGUUGAAUUGUGUUUUUACUGUUUUGAAGUUUUUUUGUCUGGUUUGUUUUUGUUUGUUGUUUUGUCUCUUUUUCUUUCUAAAGCCUGUCUGCGCCUUUGUCUCACCCCAUUCUUUCCGCUCACUAAACAUCGGUGUGUGUGCCGUUUUUCCUGUGUAAGCCUGGAAACCCUGUGAACAACCGUUUCUCAGAAUGGAUCCUAGCUGAAAAAUGGGGACUCUAACCUGUUCACUGGCCACUGACCUGGUGCCUGGAGGAGACCAGACAGGGACAACUGCAGGAUGAAUUGUACAGAGAUGAAACCAAAGCUACAUGUUUGUACGAUGCAGGUUUUUAACUGGCAUCGAAGCUGUUGCCCUACUUGCCUGUUGGCAAGACUCAGAGCAGAUCUGCUAGUGUUAGUUGAACAGAAUCCUUGUGUCAGUGGUUUGCUCUGUGCCUUAGCCUUGCGGUCUGAUCUACUCCAGCACAUCUUAGUCUUGUAGAGCCCUGCCUCCUUCCUCAGCAUAUCUGUUUUCAGAUGGGACUGUGCUAACCUGUAGUUUGGCCCACAGUUACUAGUAACAAUCCUUUACAGAAUGAAAAGAAUAAUUUGGAAACAUGGGAGUAUAAAGAAGUAAUGGAAUUAAAUUCUUACUACACCUGAGAAUGUGUUGUAGUCAGGUUAAUGCCACUUUUCAUAAUCUCUUCAAUUUAGUGAAGGAAUAGAUGUACAGUAAAUUCUGUAUUAUCACACAAAAGAUACUGAUAUUUCUGUCAUGCCAUUAUGUUGCUGGGGCCUUCAGUUGUAAACAACACAAUAAUCUGGCCAAAAAGAGAUUCCCAUGUUACUUGCCUCCUCUUUGAAAUAGUUUUCACACCAGCUGGUCUGAAUGUCACAUUGCUGAACAUGGUCUCGGUGUAAACAGAGACUGCUAAUGGUCAGUGGUUUAAAGUUCCCUUUCUGUCAGUAUUAGGCGAUGUGGUUUCCAUGGUAAGGAAUCAUCCACUCUGUCAACAGCAGAAUACAGUUUUGUCUGUCCUCUUGUUAAACCAUGUGAAACCUGCGCCUGUGCCACUUGGACAUGUUUGCAUCAUGGUGGCAGUUUUUUCUGCUGAUGCACAUAUAGAGAAACCCCAGUGUUUCUUCUCCCUCAGAAACUGCCUUGCCACUUAUUUUUGUGUGUUGACAUGUUUUGAUAAACAUGAAUAGAAAAGGCCCCCUCUUUGAACUCUGGGAGGUACUAUAUGUUUUAAGUCACUACCUGGUCCAGCACGACUCAACAUAGUAGUAGCAAGACUGAAACUGACUCGGUAGCAUCUCUGUUCCUAUAUACUGGUAAGGCCCCCCUCACAUCUGUCUGUUAUUGUAGAUAACUAUAAUAAUGAUGUCCAUGAGAUCUUCUGUCCAGUAGUAAAGUGUGAAUACAGAAGUGAUCAGCUGUAUUUCAGGAAUGUCAGUAGAAAAUAAGUAUGUAUGUAUUCCCUUUUCCUGACAAUGCUCCAGCUGAUAUCAGCGAAACUUUAAAAAAAAAAAAAAAAAAAACUAACUCUCCUAAUCAUACAUUGUCUGAUUCAGAUUAUUUUCCUUUUGAUUAAAAUUUGUAUAUUGCAUGAUUAGGAAUGUACACUUUUUAUUUCCUUCUUUCUGUUCCAUGGACAUGCUCACACUAACAAACACUUGUCAUUCCAUUUUGUCCCUUUUCUUAAUGUUUGUUGUUUUUUUUUUUACGUUUACUUGACCAUUCUCUAUUUUUGAUGGUAUUGUGUUUUUAUCUAUUUUAAGUUCAGGCAAUUAAAAAAGGUGAUAUUGUUGAAUGUUUUAAAUCAUUAAACACAGGAAGGAAAGGAAGGGGCAUUUCUUUGGUGUCAUGACACUGAGGACAUGGGGCUCUGAAUAAGUGGAGUAGAACAGGUCACAUGAAGCAGUGUACUGAGAGGCAACCCACUCUGUCUUAAUUCUCUAUUGGUUCAGUUGUAGUGAGUUAUUUUACCAAUUUUGGCUUGUGACAUUGAAAUAUACUCGCAUAUGACUCUGAAUUUUUGAAGGUCCUGUCUUUUUAUUUCUUCAUAUUCAAUUAUCCAGCUGUACAAUGUUGUAUGUUUUAAAGGGGACAAAAUAAAUUAUCUACAUUCCCUUUAAAGAAAGUCCACCCAAACUAAAAGAAAAAAAAUAAAGGCUGUAAGAAGUUGCUGUAGUCUUUCUGUGUUACAGUGAACCAAUAAACAACCACAUAUGCCAAA